AUGACGGCAGAAGAGGAGAGAGCUGCUACCAUAUUUAAUUCAACAUUUGUUCGUCCUGCAAAGUUCUAUAUUAGUGGGUUUAAUAACAUCCCUCAUGUGAAGUAUUUCUAUGUUUUUAUGUGUUUCGUCUACAUCAUGACUGUUCUUGGGAAUAGCCUCCUUCUCUCACUUAUUUACGUGGUCAAGACUCUUCAUACUCCUAAAUACAUGAUUGUGUUUAACCUGGCUUUGACAGAUUUGUGUGGGAGCACGGCUCUUAUCCCAAAACUCUUGGACACAUUUUUGUUUGACAGGAGAUACAUUGUUUAUGAGGCAUGCUUAAGUUAUAUGUUCUUUGUUUUAUUCUUUGCAAGUUUGCAGUCAUGGACGCUUGUCACGAUGGCAUUUGACAGAUUUAUGGCAAUUUGCUUUCCUCUAAGGUAUCAUAGUAUUGUGACUAAAUCAGCUAUUGCUGCAAUGCUGCUGUUUGCGUGGGCCUUUUAUUUUAGUUUUUUGUUAUUCAUUGUUAAGCUUAUUGAUCGUCUCUCCUUCUGUGGAUCUUUGAUCGUAAAGAGCUUUUUCUGUGAUCAUGGACCAGUAUAUCAUCUGGCCUGUAAUGACACAUCUUUAAACCUCAUACUCUCAGUUACCGCUAUCACUAUUAUCAUCUGUAUUCCUCUUGUUUUAAUAGCAUUGACAUAUGUUUGCAUUUCCAUAGCACUGAGCAGGAUUGCAUCAGGAGAGGAACGACUCAAAGCAUUUAAAACGUGCACUUCUCAUCUGAUUCUUGUGGCUCUUUUCUAUCUACCACUUGUGGGUACCAACGUAGCUUCACUGGCCUCCUCCAUCCAUCCCAAUGCGAGGAUCAUAAACUCCUCUUUGACACACACCAUACGUUUGCUCAAUCCUAUAAUAUACUCUUUAAAGACAGAAGAAGUGCUGAACUCUAUUAAGAGGCUUAGCAAAAGAUAUAGGAUCAACUACAUAACCUCAUCAAAAAAGGUGAACUCUUUAAUGACCCAUUAA